GCCAGGUUCUCCCCAGUCCUCACCUCUUUUGUAGGGGAAGACAAUGGAGAGAUAUCUAGGCUUCUUGUUUUGUCUCUUGGUAAGUGCAUCAGCAGUCUCAGACUGGAACAUUUUGCAUCAGAAGACCAAGAAUGGUCUGAUGAUCAGCUUGAAAAACUAUUGUGAAAGUUGGAAGAUGAAUGUUGAGCUCCACAACAUUAGAGAAUUCGAGGUCGUCCCCGAUGAAUGUGUCGGAUACAUUGGCAAGUACAUGACAUCAAUUCAGUACCAGGUGGACUCAGAGAGAGCAGUCCAUGAAUCAAUUGUGUAUCUCAGCACUAGCUGCAGCUUGAAGAAUGAUGGUAGAGAUGCCUGGAUUUUUGACAUUGAUGAUACCCUCUUGUCAACUGUGCCUUACUAUAAGAAACAUCGUUACGGUGGGGAGAAGCUGAACUUGACAUCUUUGGAGGAAUGGAUGAGCAAGGGAAAGGCACCGGCCCUGGAGCACGCGCUCAAUCUCUUCAAUGAGUUGAAAGCCAGAGGAGUACAAAUCAUUUUGGUGUCUUCAAGAAGGGAACAUCUCAGAUCAGCCACCAUUGACAACCUUGUUGAUGUUGGUUACCAUGGUUGGACUGGUCUCAUGUUAAGGGGGGCUGAUGAUGAACUGAAGGGAGUGAAAGAAUACAAGGCCAGCGCAAGAAAACAAUUGAUCGAUGAAGGAUACCGCAUUUGGGGCAUCGUUGGAGACCAGUAUAGCAGCUUUGAAGGGCUACCAAGCGCUAGGAGGACAUUUAAGCUCCCAAAUCCAUUGUACUAUCUUUUUUAAAAUUCUGAUCCUAUUUUUUCAACUGUUGAUUUGCUUCUGUCAUUCAUCACAACAUCCAGAAUAACAGAGUUUUACUGAAAAUGGAGAAUAAAAGAGUAAACUGCAUUUUUCUCCUUA